AACGAUUAAUUUUGUGUUUAUUUAUAAAAAUUUACAUAUGAAACUCAUAAUUAUUUUUUAAUAUUAUUCUUUAUCCAUAGUCUUCCCUUUAGUGCUAAAACGAUCCAAAAAUGAUGGAAUUAUCACAUAGUUUAACGUUAAAUGAGGAUGCGUUAAAGCAAAUACCAGAAGCGAAACGACCCAUAUUUGUAUUUGAGUGGUUACGUUUUUUGGAUAAAGUUUUAACAGCUGCUCAACAGUCAGAUAUAAAAGAUUGCCAAAAGAAGUUAGUGGAACAGUUAAUGAAUCGUAUAAAUGAAGCUCCAGGACCAUCUACACGAAAAUUAAUCGCACGAUGUUUGGCAACUUUAUUCUCAGUUGGGGACACAUUUUUACUAUUCGAUACCGUAAAUAAAUGUAAUGAUAUUUUGAAGAAUAAAAAUGAUUCACCGAGUUUUCAAGCUUCACGAAUAGCGGCGAUUUGUUGUGUGGGAUACAUGUACAAGAAAUUAGGUCGAAUGAUGGGUCGAUCUUAUGAAGAAACAGUUAUGAUUCUAGUUCGAACGUUGCGUGGAGCUGAAUCUCAAACACGUGUUGAAAUAAUCCUAACUUUGGAAAAAGUUUGCGCUGGUAUGGGAAACGCUAUCAACAAUGUACAUAAGGAGAUUUACAAAGCUUGUCGGCAUUCUUUAAUCGAUCGAGUCAUGGCUGUUCGAUGUGCAGCUGCUCGAUGUCUCCUCGAAUUACUAAAUCAUGCAACAUUUUUACAUACAACCGAACUCGAAAGUUUGGCAACACUAUGUUUUCGGGCAUUCGAUGGAUCAAAUUAUGAAGCACGUCUUGCAAUUGCUAAAUUUUUGGGAGCACUUAUAGCUGCCACUCAACAGAAACAAAAACAACAAUUUACAACAGCUCCACAAGCGAAAGGAAUUAAAGUUGUUAGUUUGGAUGAGGCUUUGGGUGUUUUAAUGUCGGGAUUUUUGAGAGGUGGCAGUGGAUUUUUAAAGGGUACGGGAGAAAUUAUUAAGGGAAGUGGUGGUAUUAAUCGAGAAGUUCGUCUAGGAGUCACUCAUGCAUACGUAAUAUUUGUUCAAAUUUUGGGAGGUCCUUGGCUGGAACGUAACAUAACCGCAUUUUUAAAUCAUGUUUUGGAUUUAGUUGCAAAUCCAAAAGCAGCAUCAUCUCAUGUCGACGCUGUAUAUUCCCGCCGUUGUGUAAACUUCAUUCUUCGCAGUGUCCUUGGAAAGAUGUUAGGCGAAAAGGCACAAACUUCUGCGUGCAAGGAAAUUGUUCAUAAUAUAAUUAAGCAAAUGAAAUCGAUCGACUUUAAUGCAGAAAAUGUGAAAGAUUUAAACCAGGAAACUUUAUUUAGUCAACAUUUACUUGUCUGCGCUUUACAAGAGUUGGGAUGUUUAAUACAAAGUCUAGGGACUACCGCACAAAUUUUAUUAUCUGAUAACACACUUAAUCUUGUGGAUACAAUAAUGACUGUAUUCGUACAUCCAUGUCAGGCAGCUCGAUUAGCUGCCGCUUGGUGUUUACGAUGUGUUUGCGUCGCAGUCCCAACUCAAAUAACUCCACUUAUUGAUCGAUGUGUGAAUAAUAUUGAAGUUAUGCGUACAUCUCCAGAAGCAAUUAGUGGAAACAGUGCUGGACUUGCUGCGAUUUUAAGUAGUGUACGAUAUUCCCCACUCGGUGUGCCUCAUAUGAAAGGAAAAGUGAUAUUUAACACAGCUGAAGAACUACUACGAAGUGCAAACCAGAAUAGUCGAUUAUCGUUAAAUCGCACCGAAGCGGGUUGGUUAUUAAUUGGUGCAAUUAUGACCCUUGGAGUACCAGUUGUUCGUGGUUUAUUACCCAGAAUGUUGUUAUUAUGGCGAAAUGCGUUCCCACGUUCAAAUACCGAGCUAGAAAAUGAAAAGGCUCGUGGGGAUUCGUUUACAUGGCAAGUUACAUUAGAAGGACGAGCUGGAGCAUUAUCAGCGAUACAUAGUUUAAUGUUACAUUGUCCUGAUAUUUUAACUGACGAUGUUCUUCGUCGAUUGUUAAUCCCAAUCGAAUGUGCUCUUGCAAUGUUAACAAAUUUGUCAUCGGUGUUGAAAACUUAUGGACAAACGUUAAAAGCUCCAGCUGCUAUGGUCCGAUUACGUCUUUACGAAACAUUAUUAUUAUUCCCACCGCAAUCAUUCGAAGCGUCGUACACACAUCUUCUUCGAAUGUUAGUCACGGAAUUUACAUUAACCGAAAAUCAUGCAAAUACAACGACAUCUUUACUACGAUCUGUUUGUCACAUCGAAGAAUCUGUGAUUUUGGGAUCUUGGUUACAAGAAUCUGAUCAUCGUACCAUCGAGGAUCAAGUACACUCAUACAGUGCCGCCGGUUCAGGUGCUUUAGAGCAUGAUUCUUGCUGUUUAUAUCGACCUCUACCACCAAGUGAUUUGGUACCAGGUCCGUUACCACUUGGGGUUGCCGUUAUCGAUCAAAGUAUCCAGUUGUUUGGACAAAUAUUUUGCCGUGUUGCUAAUAAACAUCGUUUACAAAUGCUUGAACAUUUUACUGAAUGUAUUAAGCAUACAAAAGCAUCGCGACAGGAAGCAACGCAAAUUAAUAUAUUCGCAGCUGUGUUGAGCGGUUUGAAAGGUUUCACAGAAUCGAAAACAGAGUUUGGACAAGAAGAUGUGAAAAAAUCAGCAUCUGCACUAAUCAUGAGCGCUUUAAUAUCCCCAAAUCCAAUAUUACGAUGUUCAGCUGGUGAAUCUGUGGGUCGAUUAGCGCAAGUUGUAGGCGAUACACGAUUAACUGGUGAAUUAGCUCAAUCGAGCUUUGACCGUUUAAAAUCCGCUCGGGAUGUCGCAUCUCGAACAGGUCAUUCACUAGCUUUGGGAUGUUUACAUCGUUAUGUUGGUGGCAUGGGAUCUUCACAAUAUCUGAACACGAGUGUAUCAAUUCUACUUGCCUUAGCUCAAGAUACAACCUCAGCAAUUGUCCAAGUAUGGGCGUUACAUGCCCUUGCACUUAUCUCCGAUUCUGGUGGCCCAAUGUUUCGUGGAUAUGUCGAACCUUCGCUAUCCUUGAUCCUGAAACUUUUACUAAAUGUACCACAAUCGAACGUCGAUGUACAUCAAUGUAUUGGAAAGGUUUUGUCGUCUUUGAUAACGACCAUUGGUCCCGAAUUACAGGGUAACACGACUAUGAUAUGUACAGCACGAUCAUCAUUCUUAUGCGCAUGUGCAAUCAUGCAAGAUCAUCCUGAUCCAUUAGUACAAGCUGAAGCUACCGGAUGCCUACAACAAUUACAUUUAUUUGCUCCACGUCAUUUGAAUUUAUCGUCUUUAGUACCAACUUUAUGUCGAAUAUUAUCCUCGAACCAUUUGUUACUACGCAAAGCGGCAAUAUCUUGUUUGCGACAGUUGGUACAACGUGAAGCUAAAGAAGUAUGUGAAUUGGCGAUGACGUUAGCGAAUGAAAGUCGCGAUGCAACAAAUACUGUUGAAGGACUUGUAAUCACCGAAACUGGACUUCCUGGAGUGUUAUUCAGUAUGUUGGACACAGAAACAGAUACAAAAUUGAUUAAAGAUAUACACGAAACCUUGACUAGCAUGCUACAAGUUUUAGCUGCUGAUAACGUUACCCAAUGGCUGGGUAUUUGUAAAGAUGUGUUGACUAUCUCCACGGAGGAACGUACUAGCAUUGAAGGUAGUGAAAAUGACGAUGUUUGUGAAGAUGAAGAUGAUGACCAUGUUGAUUUAAGUGUUGGAGGGGAUGAACAAGCUUCAGCAGGAUCAGUUCAACCACGCUGGCCUACUAGAGUAUUCGCUGCCCAAUGUGUUCGUCGUAUAAUAGCUUCCUGUAAAUCAUCAAAUGCAUCCCCAGCUCAUUUUGACUUACACGCUGCCAAAGAGAAUAAAACGGCUAAAAAUGAUUUCUUAGUGUUACAUAUUUCGAAUUUAAUUCGAAUGGCUUUUAUAGCAGCCACAAGUGAUUCAGAUCAAUUACGUUUGGAAGGUUUGAAAACAUUACAAGAAAUCAUUGAGAAUUUUUCAAGUGUCCCCGAACCAGAGUUUCCUGGUUAUUUAUUACUUGAACAAUUCCAAGCGCAAGUUAGUGCUGCAUUACGUCCAGCAUUUUCACCAGAAACUCCAUCACAUGUAACUGCAGCUGCUUGUGAUGUAUGUUCGACGUGGAUUAGCUCUGGAGUGGCACGCGAUUUAAACGAUUUACGACGAGUUCAUCAACUGCUUGUGUCAUCCCUUACGAAAUUACAGUGGCGUAAUAACAAUGUACAAUUACAUAAUGAAAGUCUAUCAACUUUGGAGAAGUUAGCGAUUUUAAAAGCAUGGGCUCAAGUGUAUAUUGUUGCAAUAACCGGAAAUAAAUCGGUACGUGAUAUAGCCGGAAAUACUGAAAAGAAAAUCGAUGAUUCACUAUCACAAAAUGGGGAAAAUGAGAGCUUAUUAUCUUUAGUACAACCGCAGCUUGUAAGUUUAUCGAAAUAUUGGUUUGCUGCACUACGUGAUUAUGCAUUAAUAUCUUUACCUCCAGAAUUUUCGAGUCAAUUACCACGAGAUGGUGGCGCAUUUUAUACAAACGAUACAGUAUAUUCAUCUCGAGGACAUUAUUUAGUUUUAUGGCCUCCAAUACUUCAUGCAGCUGCGUUAUGGCUAACCAAAAAUGUGAAUAAUCCUGAUACAGAUCGAGAUGAUCAAAUCGAUAAUGUGUGUAACGAUGAAAGUGAUCGUCGAAAUGAAAAUAUUCAAUUUGUUAACACAAUUUCGGAUAAAUUUUAUCUAUUAUUUGGUAUUUGCAUGAAGACACUAAGUGCGCCGAAUGUCAGUGAAUCACUUGAUAAAGUAAUGCAAUGUUUACAAGGUUUACUAUCGUUGGUCUCAUCUGAAUGGGCACAAAGCUUACUAAUAGCGGAUGGGGCAUAUCCAAUUGAGCUAUGUUCUGUGCUAUAUCGAUUAUUGAUGGUACACGAUAAUCACACUGCCCAAAUUUUAUGCGUAAAAAUUGUUAUGCAUAUAAUUGACGCAUUACAAAAACAAUUGGAUCAAGGCGAAGCUACAGAAGAUGAUAUUGCUGCAAUUACUGAAGCGAUUAUUUGUGUUACUUUUGGUAUAUUGGUACGUCAUUUUCCACAAAUUCAACCACGUAUUAGUGCAUCAUUAGGUGUGACUGUGUCACAGAGCGCUACGAAUCACGAUCUAUCUGGCAUCGUUGUUGCGACAUGCUUUCAAAUGUUGGAACGUAUACCGCAAUUGUGUACUCAAAAAGAACAAGCCAUUGAAAUUGUAUCCCUAAUAUUGUAUUUAAUAACAGAAGUAAUUCGGGAAUACGCAACAAAAUGCAAUAAUAAUCCCGUAAAUAAUCAUGUUCCUGUUCAAGCAAUUUUACAAUGUUUACGUACAAUUGCCGCCCAAGGAACAAAACAAGAGAGUGAUGAAUGGACAAAUUUAUUAAAAAGCGCACUUGGAAAAAUUAUUGGAUUUGCCAAAAUUAGUGCUGAAGAAGAGAAAAUUGAUGAAAUUACUAUAAUGUUAACAAUUGGUGUAUUUGCAAUUCAUGCCCCCUUAGAAGUAGUUUGUACCCCAAGUUUAUUGUACCCCUGUAUUAACUAUAUUAAUCAAUGUUUCCAAAGUGAAAAUUUAACUGUAAAAACAAAGUCGAUUCAAACAUUACGAUCAAUUUUAAUGCAAUCUGAAACGAAUAUUAAAGUGGCGUAUGUUCGAGCAAUGGGUCCUGUUUUAAUUGAGCGUUUACAUUCAGAUUCAGCGCGAUUAAUACUCACCGAAUCGGAGUUAUUGGUGACCUUAGAAAUUAUAGGAACAAUUGAAAUUUUAGUCAAUUUAGCAAGUAUUAACUAUCAUAUUGCACAAAGAAAUCAUAUUCUGUCAAUGGUUGUGGCGAUUUUGGUCAGCUUUUUAUUAGAUCCAAAAGAACGUGCUUCAUCAAAUAAGUUUGGUGUUUCGUUACAUGAUAACAGUUUACAAUGGUUAAUGAAAAUUGGUCCGAAAUAUCCACAGGAGUUUAAAGUGGUCAUUGGUCAGUCGAUGCAUAUGAAAACAAAAUUGGAAAAUGCGAUAAGAAGUACACAACAAACCCAAGUUAAAAUUGAAUCGCCUACAAAGAAUAACACACUUCAACAGCCAUCGAUUAAAUUGAAAACUGAUUUUAGUAACUUUUCAUAGAUUUCUAAUAUUUAUU